UGUUUUCUUCCGUUCUAUGGCCUGCUCUCGUCAGAACAGAGAAGGUGUUUGCAGAUGUUUGGUGUCGCUCGCCUAUUAUGGAGUAUGGAAUGCUACGGAAAGCUCCCACCGGGCGUCAUGCCCUAUCUUCAGAAGUAGUGCCUAGCAGUUCCCUGGAGAGGCUGCUGCUCUUCGGACCUCGGCCCCGGCCCCCUUUGGGCGGCCCAUACCAUCCUAACGCCGUCCAGAAGAAAGAGAUUGAAGUCCAGGAGCGCCUUCACCGAGUUCACCGUCUUCUCCACAUCCGACAAGCACAGAAGGACGUCCAGCUGAUGGAGCGCCGUCUCCAGACGACCCGGACUUCGCUGGUCAACAUGCAGCGGGACGCCGGUGUGGAGGGCACCAGGGCGCUGGAGCAGUUCAAGUCCCCCGCGGCCCCCGUGCUGCCCGCCUUCCUCGAGCGCCGCCGCCAGGAGCUGCUGAUGGCCAAGCGCGCCGCGGGCGCCGCGCUCGCCAACGUGGACACGGUGAACGUGGUGACGGUGAGGACGGCGUCCAGUCGCGAGGUUUCCACGACGUCCAUCACCAUGACGUCGCGCCCCCGGCCGUCGACGUCGUCGUCGUCGUCCUCGCGGCACUCGUCCCGUUCGAGCGCGGCAGCAGCACUGCCACUCCUCUCUCGGCGCCAGAGCCGCGCCCUGGCAGACUCCAAGGUGAGGGUGCGGGUCAUGAGCGCCACGAGCAGCAGCGGCAAGUCCUCCGGCUCGUCCUCGAGGAAACAGUCGAGCAGGCGGCUGCCGCCGCCCCCCGACGUGUCGCCGCUCUUCCUCUGGAACACCCGGGACGAGGUGUCCAAGGCCACCCUGAUGGCCAACUCCCCGGAGCCCACGACGCCGUACUACGACAGCGAGAGCACGUUCCCCCACGAGAUGACCCUGUUGCCGAUGACGUCCAACGAGUCGCCCCUGGACACGCUGCCGCAACCGUUGUCGUUACGGCUUCCUAACCGCGCGCGGCUAGCAGGCUGUCGCUCUCCGGCGUCCCCUUCUCGAUGAAGACCUUGCUUGUUGUAAUUUUUCUCGGUUGCCAUGUUCAUAGCUAUUUAUUUUCCUCGUGCCACAGGCGCAUAUUAAUUGUUUUGUUUAUGAUAGUUUAU